AUGGCGCCUACCAUUCAACUCUCCCCAGGUGAGGAACGGCUGAAGCGCCUUCUUCUAGAUGUUGCCUCAUCUAUCAACACCACACAGACGGACCUGGACGAAACUGCCUCGGGUCAAUCUCGCCGCAACCCUGUACUCCUACGCUGGGCUGGGGGUUGGGUUCGCGACAAGCUACUGGGCAUUGAGACGCACGACAUUGAUGUAGCAAUCAAUUGCAUGACUGGUGAAGACUUCGGCCAAAGGUUUCGCGAGUUCUGCCAUUCCCCCUCCAUAAUCGAAAAGUACUCGAUUACAGAGACAGACCUAGGCAAUAUUCACACCAUCAAGGCCAACCCGGAAAAGUCUAAACACCUCGCCACCGCUACUUGCCGCAUCUUCGGCGCCGACGUGGAUUUCGUCAAUCUCAGGAAGGAGACCUAUUCUGAGGGCAGUCGGAAUCCUGAAAUUGAGUUUGGGACCCCCCUCGAAGACGCAUUACGUCGAGAUGCCACCGUCAAUGCUCUUUUCUACAACCUUCACACGGAUGAAGUUGAGGAUUUCACUGGAGGUAUUUCGGAUAUGAAUGCUCGUCUGAUCCGAACUCCAUUAGACCCAUUCCAAACAUUCAUGGAUGACCCUCUUCGAGUGUUGAGAUUAGUGAGGUUUGCCAGCCGCCUGGACUUCACGAUCGCGGCCGACGUCGAAAAGCUGAUGGGCGACGACCGUGUUCUGAAAUCGUUCCAGGCAAAAAUCAGUCGCGAGCGGGUGGGGAUUGAGAUCGGGAAGAUGUUAAGAGGCAACCGCCCCCACGCUGCCCUCAGUCUCAUUGACAGGCUCGGGCUUUACCACACGAUAUUCACAGAUCCAACAUUUGAGCGGAUGCCUGUCCCAGAUAUAUCCUCGUGGCACGUUGCCUAUGGCCUCAUGGAAGUAUUGCGAUCCCAUGACGUCAUCAUCAAGCCUUUAUGCAAUCAACUCGUCCAAAGCGACGCCGAUGCGUACCUCGCCUGGAAUCUGGUGGCGCUUGCCCCUUGGGAAAGUGUCGAUGACCCGCAACCGCCCACAGGAAAAUCGAAGGCACAUGCGGUGCCUUUCAUUCUGCGAGCUGCCAGGGAAGGGAUUAAGGCGGCCAAUAGAUUGUGUGCCGUUAUUGCGUCAUCGCAUCUCCAUAGGAGAAAUAUUCUACAGCUAAAGCAGCUAGCGUGUUCAGAGGAUGAAUCUCGUAACCGACGAGAUCUGUUCGCCAUGGCAAUAUGCAAGUGGGACGGCUUUGGGGGCUACUGGAGAUUGCAAGUUCUCUACUGCAUCCUGAUCGAAGCCAUGCAGGAGCUUGGGAAGUGGCCCGUUUCUUCCGAUCGCCUCCACUCGUUUAUCGGGGAGUGGGAGAAGUUCCUCGUCCACCUGGCGGACCUAGACGUGAUGGAGGCACCCUCAACCAAACCAUUGGUCGACGGGCAUAUGCUAGCGAGAUCACUUGGAGUGAAACCGGGACCUUGGAUGGCCCAGGCACUUGACGUCUGCCUCGCAUGGCAAUUCAGGCACCCAGAUAUUACAGAUGCAGGCAAGGUCAUAAACGAGGUCCAGAAACGAAGAAUAGAACUCGGGGUUCCACAAGCUUAG